UGUAGACAAAUGUUAAUCAACGAUGGCCACAUUAGGCCUGUCAAAAGUGUUCAUUCUGGAUAAAUAUUUCACCGAAUUGCAGAAGUUUUGGGAGACAGAGAAAAAGUUGCAAGACGCAUCCUCGUCCAAUGAAGCUGUGCACUUGCAACAGCGCCUCAAGAGCCUUAGCACUGAGUUAGUCACGCUACGGAAUCGGCUGCAUGUUGGUCAGGGACAACACAAUAACAACAAUAGUAGCAAUAGUAACAACAAUAACAGCAAUUGCAAUGUGUCAUCCGUGGGCAGUUCACAUCAAAACCAACAACAACCACAACAACAGCACCAUGCCACCAACUCAGCUGCGCUAACAGGCCACAAUUUAAAUGCAUCCACACCGAAUUUGCACACCAUCACGCCACAUCAUAGCCAUAAUAACACAACAACAACAACAACAACAACAGCAACAAACAGCAUUAAUAACACAUUGCAACAGCAACAGCAACAGCAAUUACAAUUAUCGCACUCAACACUAAUUCCCACACUCGGCGGCAAUAGCAAUAGCCACAACAAUAACAACAACACCAACAGCAGCACCAGCAGCAGCAGCAACGCCAUCAACAAAUGCAAUACCGGCAAUAGCAAUAGCAAUAACAAUAAGAACAACAAUCACGCCAGCAACGCAACCUUGACGUCAUGCAAUAACGCCAACAACACCAACAACACAUUCACGCACAUCAACAACAACCACACGAACAAUAGCAGAAAGUCACAUUUGCACAGCUACAGCCACACAUUGCCGCAUAAUUCCACAAUUUCCGCUGCCAACGCCGCCGUCGCCGCCGUCGCCGCCACAUUGCCAACAGCCGCUGCCGCUGGCAUCGUUUCCACACGCAACACUUCCAUACCACACCCAUUGCCGUCAUCCAUACAGCAGCAACAACAGCAGCAACAUCAACAACAUCAACAACAACAACAACAGCAAUUGCGCGACCAACAACAACUGCAUUCCGCGCACACGCUUCCAAUGCGCUCCACUGCUGUUGGCUCACACGCACAUCACCUAAGCCAUAACUUGUCACCCUUUGUGCCAAUUGCACAUAAACAGCCGAGCUCCAGCCAUGGCAGCGGUUUUAGCAACAUUGUCGCACCUUUCGGCUAUAACAGUACAAAUGUUGAGCAGCGUAAUGCCAAUAAUCAGUUUAUGGGUGGCAUGCAGACGCUACACGGCAGUGGCGGCAGUCACCAUCACAGCGGCGGCGGCGCCAGCAGUGGCAACAACAACAACAACAGCGGCGGUGGAAGUGGUGUACACAAGCAGCCAAGAGAGAUUGAAGAUCUGAUACAUCUACCCGGCCCGCUGACCGAGGAUGCAGUGAUGCGUACGCUGCAGGCGCGCUUCCACGACAAUCGCUACUUUACAAACGUCGGCCCCAUACUGCUUGCCAUUAAUCCCUAUCGAGAUGUUGGAAAUUCGCUUACGCUCUCCUCAACACGCUCGCUGCCAUUAGCUCCACAGCUACACAAAAUCGUACAGGAGGCUGUACGUCAGCAAACGGAGACUGGCUAUCCACAAGCUAUCAUUCUAUCUGGCACCUCCGGCGCGGGUAAGACACACUGUUCGAUGUUGUUGCUACGUCAAUUGUUUGCUGUUGCCGGUGGCGGCCCAGAAACCGAUGCAUUUAAGCACUUAGCUGCUGCUUUUACGGUGCUACGUUCGUUGGGUUCCGCCAAAACGACCACCAAUUCGGAAUCGAGUCGCAUUGGCCAAUUUAUCGAGGUGCAGGUGACAGAUGGUGCGCUCUAUCGCACCAAGAUACACUGUUACUUUUUGGAUCAAACGCGCGUCAUACGCCCACUGCCGAAGGAGAAGAACUAUCAUAUCUUCUAUCAGAUGCUUGCUGGCCUAAGCAGAGAGGAGCGCAUUAAGUUGAAUUUGGAAGGUUAUUCGCCGGCGAAUUUGCGUUAUCUGCAUAGUGGUGAUAUUGCGCAGAAUGAGCAGGAGGAUGCGUCACGCUUUCAGGCAUGGAAGACUUGCUUGGGCAUCUUGGGUAUACCAUUUUUGGAUGUAGUGCGUGUGCUGGCAGCCGUAUUGCUGUUGGGCAAUGUGCAAUUUAUCGAUGGGCAGAGCCUGGAAGUGGACGUCAAAGGCGAAGCAGAACUGAACUCCGUCGCAAGUCUGCUGGGCGUGCCACCAGCUGCACUCUUCCGCGGGCUCACCACUCGCACUCACAACGCACGCGGCCAGUUGGUUAAAUCUGUCUGCGACGCCAAUAUGUCCAACAUGACACGCGAUUGUCUCGCGAAAGCCUUAUACUGUCGCACUGUGGCCACCAUUGUCAGACGCGCCAACAGCCUCAAGCGUCUGGGCUCCACCUUGGGCACACUUAGCUCCGAUUCCAAUGAAUCUGUGCACAAUCAAGCGGACGUUGCAUCGCAGCAUGCCUCUACGAUUGGCGGCAACUCUGGUUCCAAAUCAAUGGCUGCCUUAAAUAAUGCUGUUCGCCAUGCCACCGACGGUUUCAUUGGCAUUCUGGAUAUGUUCGGCUUUGAAGAACCAUCACAUGCACAGCUGGAGCACCUGUGCAUCAAUCUUUGCGCUGAAACUAUGCAGCACUUCUACAACACGCACAUUUUCAAGUCUUCAGUGGAGUCGUGCCGCGAUGAGGGCAUAGUCUGCGAUGCCGAAGUCGACUAUGUGGACAAUGUGCCUUGCAUUGACCUCAUAUCCUCGCUACGCACCGGUCUAUUGAGCAUGUUGGACGCUGAAUGCUCCAUCCGCGGCACAGCUGAGAGCUAUGUGGCCAAGAUUAAGGUGCAACACCGCAACUCUACGCGUUUGGAGACCAAACACUCGAGCGAACCCUACGAUCCGCGCGUAUUUAUGAUUCGCCACUUUGCCGGGCGCGUGGAGUAUGACACCACCGAUUUUCUCGACACAAAUCGCGAUGUGGUGCGCGACGACUUGGUUGCCGUCUUCUAUAAGCACACCUGCAAUUUUGGCUUUGCCACACAUCUCUUCGGUUCCGAAUUGAAGGCGCUGUAUGCCCUACAGAAUGUGCCACGCGGUCUGAGCUUCCGCAUUUCGCCCACAUCACACACAGAUCUGCUGAAUGGCGAUGAGCCGGUCUCUACACUCACACAAGACUUUCACACACGCUUGGAUAAUCUGCUGCGCACGCUGGUGCAUGCGCGUCCACAUUUUGUGCGUUGCAUACGCAGCAAUGCCAACGAGACGGCCGGCUGUUUUGAGCGUAAAAUGGUCGUGCGACAAAUACGUUCGUUGCAGGUGCUGGAGACGGUAAAUCUUAUGGCUUCAGGUUUUCCGCAUCGCAUGCGCUUUAAGCAAUUCAAUGCGCGUUAUGUUGCCAUGUUGGCGCCAUUCCGGCUGCAUCGCCGUGGUGAGGAUAAAGCAAUGGAGGAUUGUAAUCUAAUACUCGAGUAUGCCUUGGAAAAUCCACCAGUAUUGGAUGGUUCGGUCACUCUGGCAUGGGCGCCGGGCAAGCGGCACGUCUUCCUCAGCGAAGGUAUGCGUCAGCACUUGGAGCAUCUGCGUGCCGAAAUACGCACAAAGAGUGCUACGCUGAUACAGGCCACCUGGCGUGGUUGGCAGUGGCGCAAGAAGAUGGGCGGCGGGAAACGAACGCGGGUCGGCGGCGGCAAUAGUGUCAUGCCUAUUCUGCCAGCGGUAACGACAACGAAGCUAACAAAAUUGUUGCCCAACAGCGGCGCGAAUUCACUGCCGCGCUUGUCAGCUAAAUCCACAAAUCUGAUGGGCACCGUAACGCGUCCACGACCACAACCAAUCGCCGGCACACCACCGCCAGAUCCAAAUGAGAAAUGCGAUACAAAGAUAAUCCAGCAAACUUGUAGUCUUUUCGGAUUAGAUUUGGAGCGCCCACCACCAGUACCACCAUCGCGUGCCUAUACCAUUGCUGGCAGCUUGAAGCUUAGCUAUCCGCAGAGCCGCAUCAUGAAAAUGAAUUUCCCCGAGGAUCCACCCAUCGUUAAUCCGGCCGAACAAAUGCAGCAACAGUUGAAGAAGGGCGAAGCUGUCAGUGUGGUUGGAGCGUCGACUUGUCGUGGACACUUGAUUGUCGAGCACAAAGGUCAGAGCUAUCACGUACCGUUUCAGUAUAUGGAGUUGUUGCGUCCAUCAGCUGGUGCAGCUGGUGCAGCUGCUGCUGUUGCUGCUGCUGCGGCUGCUGCUGGUGGGGUGACCAGUAAUCCAAAUAACGCUGCAAGUGUCAACAGCAACAACAACAACACUAAUAGCAAUAGCAACAACAUUGCCAAUAAGAAUAGUAGUAGCAGUACGGGCAAUUUGGCCAACAAUUGCAAUGGCAACAACAACAAUAUUGGUUUAAACAAUGGGAAUAACAGCAGUGCUAGCAACAACAACAAUGCAAACACUCCGACAGCUGUGAAUAUUUGAAGAGUGUCCAGGCGAGCAGUGUGAGUGCGGAGUGAAAAACGCUGGCUAAUUGUUGAGCGCGACAGGUGCGCGACUGCAACCACAAUAACAAAUCAGUGUGGCUUCCGUUGCAGGGAUGAGUUUGCAGCCCGAAUGUUUCCGUUGGAAAACAUCGAGGCCUUCAUUUGGAUUUCUUUUUUCACACAAAGACUGUAAAUAGUUAUUAUAGUUACUCGUUCAUAUUUGCGGCAAGCAACGAACGUACAUAUAUUAAAGUAGAUAU